ACUAAGCAAAGGACCUAAAGCCGUGUUUGGUUCAUUAGCAUUUUGUCAUGACGUGGCUGUUUUAAGUGAUAUUUCUUGUAAAAUUAAGUUCUGAACAAUUCGUAAUGCUUUUUAUAUUCGUGGUUAUUCCGUAAAUAUUUUCAUACCUGUAGUAAAAGCUUUACAGAUAUGCUUACUAAGUUUGAAACCAAAUCGGCCCGUGUAAAGGGUCUCUCUUUUCACCCCAAGAGACCAUGGGUUUUAUCCAGUUUACACAAUGGUGUUAUUCAGUUAUGGGAUUAUCGUAUGUGUACAUUACUCGACAAAUUUGAUGAACACGAUGGGCCUGUUCGAGGAAUUUGUUUUCACAACCAGCAACCAAUUUUUGUGUCGGGUGGAGAUGACUACAAGAUCAAGGUAUGGAACUAUAAACAGAGAAGGUGUAUAUUCACUCUGUUAGGCCAUUUGGAUUACAUUCGAACAACUGUAUUUCAUCAUGAAUAUCCUUGGAUUCUUAGCGCAUCUGAUGACCAAACCAUCCGUAUUUGGAAUUGGCAAAGCCGUACCUGUAUUUGCGUUUUGACAGGUCAUAAUCACUAUGUUAUGUGUGCCCAGUUUCAUCCCACUGAUGACAUUGUCGUUUCAGCCUCCCUCGAUCAAACUGUUCGGGUUUGGGACAUAUCAGGUCUAAGGAAGAAAAAUGUUGCUCCUGGUCCUGGUGGCUUAGAUGAACAUUUGAAGAAUCCUACCGCUACAGAUUUGUUUGGACAGGCAGAUGCUGUUGUAAAGCAUGUCUUAGAGGGCCAUGAUCGUGGUGUAAAUUGGGCAUGUUUUCACCCCACAUUACCCUUGAUUGUUUCUGGUGCAGACGACAGGCAAAUUAAGCUGUGGAGAAUGAAUGAAGCUAAAGCGUGGGAAGUGGAUACUUGUAGGGGACACUAUAACAAUGUAUCCUGUGUUCUUUUUCAUCCUCGACAAGAGUUGAUCCUCUCAAACAGUGAAGAUAAAAGUAUCAGGGUUUGGGAUAUGACUAAGAGAUCAUGUUUGCAUACAUUUAGGAGAGAACAUGAGAGAUUUUGGGUAUUGGCUGCUCACCCAACUCUAAACCUCUUUGCUGCUGGCCAUGAUUCAGGUAUGGUUAUUUUCAAACUUGAAAGAGAACGACCAGCAUAUGCUGUUCAUGCCAAUAUGCUCCUGUAUGUUAAAGAUAGGUUUUUGCGCAAGCUUGAUUUUACUACAAGCAAGGAUAUGCCCUUGAUGCAACUUAGAGGUGGUGGUAAAACCCCUGUAUACAGUAUUGGCUACAACAUGGCAGAAAGUGCACUAUUAGUUUGUUCUCGCAAUACUAAUGUUGAAAGUUCCACAUAUGAUUUGUACAGUGUUCCUAGGGAUCACACGGAUGGCCAUUCGGUUGAUGUUGCCGAGAGUAAACGAUCAACAGGUGUCACUGCUAUCUGGGUUGCCAGAAACAGAUUUGCUGUUCUUGAUAGAAGCCAUGCUCUUGUUAUAAAAAAUCUUAAAAAUGAAGUAACAAAGAAAAUUGACCAGCCUUCAUGUGAUGAAAUCUUUUAUGCUGGAACAGGAAUGCUUUUGUUAAGAGAUCCAGAUAAUGUCACCUUGUUUGAUGUUCAACAGAAACGUACUUUAGCUCAAGUGAAAAUUUCAAAGUGUAGGUAUGUAGUUUGGUCUUCAGAUAUGAGCAAUGUUGCAUUAUUGGCAAAACACACAGUCAUAAUCUGUAAUAGAAAAAUGGAGACAUUAUGUUCAAUUCAUGAAAAUACAAGAGUUAAGUCAGGUGCAUGGGAUGAAUCAGGUGUAUUUAUAUAUACUACUAGCAACCAUAUCAAGUAUGCAAUCUGUAAUGGUGAUCAUGGAAUUAUUCGGACUUUGGAUUUACCCAUAUACAUCACCAAAGUCAAGGGAAAUCAAGUGUUUUGUUUGGAUCGUGAAUGUAAACCUAUGGUCCUCAGUAUCGAUCCAACUGAAUAUCGUUUCAAGCUAGCUCUUAUCAAUAGAAAGUACGAUGAAGUUUUGCACAUGGUCCGUAAUGCCAGACUUGUAGGCCAGUCCAUCAUUGCCUACUUGCAACAAAAAGGAUAUCCAGAAGUCGCCCUUCAUUUUGUUAAGGAUGAUAAGACAAGAUUUGCCUUGGCUUUAGAAUGUGGAAAUAUUGAAGUGGCUUUAGAUUCAGCUCGUGCUCUUGAAGACAAGUUGUGCUGGGAACGACUUGGCCAAGCAGCCCUGAUGCAAGGUAAUCAUCAGAUAGUUGAAAUGUGUUAUCAAAGAACUAAGAAUUUUGAGAAGCUUACUUUCUUGUAUCUAAUUACCGGAAACUUGGACAAGCUAAGAAAAAUGACCAAAAUUGCUGAAAUUCGUAAAGACUUGUCAGGUCAGUAUCAAGGAGCGUUACUAUUAGGAGAUGUAGUCGAGAGAAUCAAAAUACUGAAAAGCUGUGGCCAGAAUUCUCUAGCUUAUUUGACAGCAGCAGCCCAUGGCUUAGAAGAAGAAGCAGAAGCAUUGAAAAGCGUAUGUGAUGGAAAUCUUCCUCAAAUUCCUCAGAAUGCCCGUUUAUUGAAACCUCCUGUUCCUAUUGCUCAGGCAGAAGCUAAUUGGCCAUUACUUACUGUAUCUAAAGGAUUCUUUGAAGGUGCUAUGAUGAAUGCUGGGAAGGGUAGUGGAGCACUGUCAAGCACAAUUCUAGCUGCUGAAGAUACUGGUGGUGAAGGAUGGGGAGAAGACGCAGAGCUGGGGAUGGAUGAUCACAUGCCAGGCGAUGAAGAUCCAGAAGAAGUUAUUCCUGCAUCAACUGAAGAAGGUAGUGGAUGGGAUGUUGGCGAUGAAGAUUUGGAACUUCCCCCUGAUUUAGAAGGAGUUACAUCUACAGCUGAAGAAGGAUAUUUUGUAGCUCCAACAAGCGGAGUGUCUCAGAGCAAGGUCUGGGCGACAAAUUCGCAAUUACCAAUUGACCACAUCAUGGCAGGCAGCUUUGAAACAGCCUUCCGUCUAUUGCAUGACCAAGUUGGAGUGACAGAAUUUGCACAGUAUCAUAAUCUAUUUUUGGCAGCAUAUAGUCAAUCACGAACCAGUUACUCCACUCUUCCUUCUUGUCCAUCAAUCUUUGCCUACCCUCAUCGCAAUUGGAAAGAAGCAGGACCAAAAGGAGGGCACCCAGUGAUUUGGGUCAAGCUAAGUGACUUGGUAUCUCGCUUGCAACAAUGUUAUCAACUCACCACUGCAGGAAAGUUUUCAGAAGCAAUUGAUAAGCUUAGAAAUCUCUUACUCAGCAUCCCUCUCCUUGUAGUUGAUACCAGACAAGACAUAUCUGAAGCGCAACAGCUUAUGCAAAUCUGUAGAGAAUAUAUUAUUGGCCUACAAAUGGAAACAACUCGCAAAGAAUUGCCUAAAAGUACCUUGGAGGAGCAGAAAAGGAUUUGUGAACUGGCUGCCUAUUUCACUCAUUGUAAUCUUCAACCAGUUCAUCAGAUUUUAACAUUGAGAACAGCCAUUAACUUGUUUUUUAAGCUCAAGAACUAUAAAACUGCUGCAUCAUUUGCACGACGACUUUUAGAACUUGGUCCUCGGCCUGAAGUUGCUGCCCAGGCACGGAAAAUGUUGCAAGCUUGCGACAAGAAUCUGGUGGAUGAACACACUCUGGCCUAUGAUGAACACAAUCCAUUCAACAUCUGUGGGAAAAGCUACACUCCAAUCUAUCGAGGAAAGCCCGAAGAGAAGUGUCCUUUAUGUGGAGCAUCAUUUCAGCCUCAAUUCAAGAGUUCCAUCUGCAAUGUGUGCAAAGUUGCUGAAAUUGGAAAGGAUGUCAUGGGACUCAGAAUCAGCCCCUUGCAGUUCAGAUAAGUAACCAACACACCCACCCUACAUUUUUAUGUUAAAAGUGAUUUUCACUAAAAUCAUCAAUUUAGCAUGUUUUGUAAGAUCAUAAAAUGUUAAAUAGGUAUUUGCUUAUCAGCCCAACUGGGUUUGUAUAGGCUACUUUAAUUUUGUUAAUAUUAAUAAAAACCAGUUGCAGCGAUUGUCUAAAAUUAUAUUUCUGUUGUUUAAGCAAGUUUACUUCUAGGUUUGGUCUUUUUUAGUAGGCUACCUAAGUAAACAUUAUGAAUUGAAUCAGCAGAUACAGAUGUAAAGCGUAGAACUAAUUAAAUGUAAAUUUCAUUUGAGCCCACUUGAAAAUUAUUAGGGGGACUAUUUGGGGGACGCCAGCUAAAAUCUCCUCUUUUUACAAAUUACCAUAUGGCAACCCUUUACAGGGUAGCUAACUAAAAAUAAGUCAUUAAGCAAAACAAAUUUAAAUGUCUGUUGUAUCUUACUUUAUUCGUAAUUUAAUUGUUAUUAGGGUCACUAAAAGUCACGAGUUAAAAAUAUUGAGCUACACAAUACCAACUACAAGUACAGUAGCCUACAUUGAAAUAGGGAGAUAAAAGUUUCUUAAAUGCUACACAAUUAAUUGUCUAUUAGUCUUAACGAGGAGAGCUAUGAAGUUAACUAAGUUAUGGUUAUUUCACACCCUUAUCCUAAGUCGAUAAGUGGGCAAAGUUAAACUAAUUAAUAAACCUCUCUUUUAAGGUUGAAAUGAAUUCAUUAAUAGGCCCUAUCUACUAUUUUGUUAGGGUAAGUAGUAAUAUUUUUUGUCAAUAUAAAUAUAGGCUAACUUGAAGACAUGGGCACGCUAUAUUGCUACAAAAUAUCCAGCAAGUUAAUUUGGAUGCGAAAAAAAGUUUUUUAAAAGCCAUUAAGAUUUAAUGAAUGGAAUGCUUAAGUGUGUAUUAUUGAAAAUAUGUGUACCAGUAGCCUUGAUCUUAUUUUGGUAUGUACUGAUAUUUUUUUUUGGGACGUAUUCCAUGUAUAACAAUUUUUCCUGAGAUAGGCCUAUGCCGAUUUAAUUUUAAUUAUGUAUUGUUUAAAAGAUUGUUAGCUUGUUUAGCCUAUGUACUAAGUAUGCUUAUUACUCUUGUAAGUACAGUUUACUCUUGUUGAUCUGGCAAUUUACGGGGUCCAGAUUAGUAACAGUGCCAUUUAUUGUAGGUUAGGGUUGCCAUAUCCUCGGAUUUCCCCGGUGAUUACCGGAUUUUGACGUUCAAAAUUUAGCUCCCGGGGUAUUUCUGCUAAAAGUGAGAAAUCUCUUUUUUUACUCUCUACAUUGUAUAAAUGGUACUUUUGGAAUAAAGUAAAUGUUUAUGAUCGCAAAUAUUUUUGUGCAGUGACUGAAAAAUGCAACUCUUGUACUCUUUACUAGCCUAACGUUUCUUUAUUCCUUAGUUCACUUUGUCCAGAAACAUCCUUAGUUAUUGUCUGUUUCCUUCCAGUCAGUCCUUUGCUUUGCAUCUGCCGGCCAGUCCAAAGGUAUCCGCUUUCACUGCCAAAGCCGAACCGAGUUUAGCAGACAGUUGACAGUUCCAUUUAAAUACAAAAACAUGUUUACUUUGGUGCCAGUGAGUUAACUUUUUUGUGUAUGACCCAUACCGUUUCUAAUAUUUGUGCUAUGUAGGUAUACAAUUUUGCUAGCCCGUAAAUUUAUAUCCACUGUAGUAGUGGGGGACGCCAGCUAAAAUCUCCACUUUUUACAAAUUACGGUAUGGCAACCCUUUACAGGGUAACUAACCAAAAAUAAGUCGUUAAGCAUAACAAAUUUAAAUUUAUGUUGUAUCUCACUUUACUAUCGGAAUUUAAUUGUUAUUAGGCCCACUAAAAUCAUAAGUGAAAACUAUUGUUUGCAAUGAAAUAUUUACCUUUUUUAAGUGGUUCCUUAUCAUACUACAGUUGUAAUUGUGUUGACUAGGCCUUACUUUAAACUCUUUAGUUUGAAAGAGUCUAUUGAUAACCAGCCAAAAUAAUGGCUCGCUGUUGAUUAUUAAAAUACAAACUUAACGAAUUGGAUUUCCUCAAUUAAAAUCACAAACUAUUCCUCUUAAAGUGUGCUUAAUGGUAAAAGUGGUAUUGUAAGUAAUAACUAACUGUUGUUGAUACAAAUUUUAUCACAACUAAAAAAAUACUGCUAGAUGAAAAUUGCCAAAUUAGCAAGAGUCUACUGGUGCUUUAUAAAUAACUUUUUUGUAUAGUACUUGUCCUAGCUUUUAAUUAUUUUUAAUAUUUAGGUACUAUUCAUUAAUUUGUCCAGUCACUUAAAGGUCUCGCCCUGUGGCCUACAUUUUCGGUUAAAAUUUUUUCAAGAUAUUUUUGUUUCUUCUGUUUAGAAUAAAUUGUUCACUUUUCAGAAUUGGAUUCAAACAAUGACCACUUAAUGAAAGAUAAACAUAUUUUUUACUCGUAUUAAUGAGGUGAUUGAUUGAAUUUUCUCAGUAUUUAAAUGCUAUUAUAAAGGUUAUGUUUGAUUGUUCAAUAAAUAAGUGUUAUUUCUGGAA